UUACUUUUUUGUGUAAUCACCCUAAAAGCAACGCAAACACGCGGGAGGGUGGAUUGGUCAUUUCAGUGAUCACUGAUAAGUGAGAACGAGCCGCCCUGGACGCCGUUUCACCGCAUCAAAUAACUUAUGUUUGGUUGCUGAGAAACCUAAGGAAAGUUCAAGAUUUUUCUCGGCGUCACCAUUUCCGGAUCAGCGCUGAAUCACUCCUUUAAUUAGUUGAAUCCCAGUGUUUGAUCAAUGGAAGCCAAUGAAAAACCUGAAGAAACUGUCUCAAAUGCAAGUCCAAAAUUGGCUGGAACUGCUAACUGGGGCACAGCAACAGUCAUUGGAGUGUUUGCGGGCAUGCUAUAUGGAGGUAGCAAGGAGGCAGCUGCAUCAGUUAGCAAGGAUGCAGAAGUAAUGUUGAAGCUUGGGAGCACUCCAGACAAGCGUGAACAGUAUCGAUUAAUGAGGGAUGCAAUGGAGAAAAGGUUUAUCCGAGUCACUCGUGGUUCAAUAGUUGGUGGAGUGCGCCUUGGAAUGUUCACUGCUGCAUUCUACGGUUUACAAAAUUUGCUGGCUGAGAAACGGGGUUUACAUGACGUUUUCAAUGUUGUGGGAGCCGGUUCAGCCACUGCUGCUACAUUUGGUUUAAUUUUGCCUGGAUCUUUCCGAUGGCGUGCAAGGAAUGUGCUGCUGGGAUCAGUUCUGGGUGCAGCAUUCUGCUUCCCUCUUGGGUGGAUUCACUUGAAGCUUAUAGAGAAAGCAAAUGAAGGAAAUCCGGCCCUUAAUCCUGAUUUAGAUGGAAGGGGACAAGCGAAGAGUGGUGUAGGUGCUGCAAUUGAGAGGCUUGAAGGAAACUUGAAAGCUGAAUAAACAAUCUCAGUUUUGUUGGGCAUAACCUCCUGGACAUCCCAUAGGUCAAAAAUGUAAUACAUUGGCCACACGCCUGGUUCUUUUUCUUCUGUUUUCUCAGUGGUCCAUGAGAGUGAAAUAAUACUACAAUAUUCUCUAUACCUUAGCAAUUUUUGAAGGCUCCUUUUUUUA